CUCCGCAGUGCUUGGGCGCUACGAGAGUGGGGCGGGACCAAAGCCGGAAAAUGGGCGUUUCCCUUGCUUGUGACGCGUUAGCACUGCUAUCAAUCACUCGGGCGAACCAAUGAAUCGAAUGAGCGGAUCAACAGUGGAACACCCCGCCGACAGACACGCCCCCGUAAGGGUUACCCCGCCCAGUGCGAGUGUGUGUAUUCUCCCCCCCCCCCCUUUCUUUUUUUGUAACUAAAGCUGGAUGUGUAGAACGUCACAUGUUGUUUUUCCUCUUCAGUACAAGUCACUCGCUGAUGUGUGUUAUUUACUGUGAAACUGUUCCAGGUACCGAAUGGGGAACUCGCCGCUGCGAAGGAGAUAAGGGGCGAGGAGACACACAGACGCGGGGCUUUUUAUUUUUUUGCACUUGAGUCUGAUCAGAUAGAACAAGUUAAAGGGAGACGAAGAAAAGUGAGCGCGCGGGACGAUACGAUAGAAUGGCCAGUCCGCCGAGCACGGAAGGACACUUGUUCUCCAGUGUGAAUGUCAGCGGUAACGUUAAGAAGUGCGGCUAUCUGAGGAAGCACAGGCACGGGCACAAGCGCUUUUUCGUGCUGCGGGAGCAGAGCGACGGGUCCCCCGCCAGGCUGGAGUACUACGAGAACGAGAAGAAAUGGAGAAACAAGUCGGCUGCGAAGAGGGUCAUUUCUCUGGGCUCCUGCCUGAACAUCAACAAGAGGGCGGACGCCAAGCACAAAUACCUGAUCGCCCUGUACACCAAGGACGAGUACUUCGCGGUGGCCGCCGACAACGAGGAGGAGCAGGAGAACUGGUACAGCGUCCUCACCAGCCUCAUGAAUGAGGGCAAGGGGAGCGAGGGCUCCGCGUGCAGCUCCGCGUCCUCGCUCGUGGGCUUCGAGGAGGCGAACUACGGCAUGAUCACGCCGGCCAGCGCCGUCUACAAGGAGGUCUGGCAGGUGAACCUGAAAUCCAAAGGUCUCGGACAAACCAAGAAUUUGACGGGGGUGUACCGCCUGUGUCUGUCCAGCCGCACCAUCAGCUUCGUGAAGCUGAACUCGGAAGUUCCCUCCGUCAUUCUGCAACUCAUGAACAUCCGGAGGUGCGGCCACUCGGACAGCUUCUUCUUCAUGGAGGUGGGCAGGUCUGCGGCCACGGGACCCGGGGAGCUGUGGAUGCAGGCGGACGACUCCGUGGUGGCGCAGAACAUCCACGAGACCAUCCUGGAGGCGAUGAAAGCCAUGAAGGAGCUCUCCGAGUUCCGACCCCGGAGUAAAAGCCAGUCCUCGGGCACCAACCCGAUCUCCGUGCCCACCAGGCGGCACUUGAACAACUUGCCCCCGAGUCAAACUGGACUGCUAAGGAGAUCGAGGACAGACAGCAUGGCAGCGGUUUCCCCUCUCAGCAAGUUCUCUUCUUGUAGGAUUAGGACGGCCAGCGAAGGAGACGGCACCAUGACCAGGCCAGUAUCGAUAAGUGGGAACCCGGUUAGCCCCAGCCCCAAGCAGACUCUUCUGAGCAGAUCUAACACAGUCACCAUCAGGCCCGGCAGGAUGUUUGAGUCGUCCGUGCUCCAUCACAGCAAGUCCAUGUCCAUGCCGGUGUCCCGCUCCCCUCCUUCUGCCAUCAGCCCAGUGAGUCUGUCCACCAGCGGUGGCAACUGCUUCAAUUCCGAAACCGGCCAGCGUUCAGCCAGCACCGGUGCCUCCGCCUCCGAGUCGCCAAGCGAUACCGGCCUCGCGUCAUCUGAUUAUUAUGGAUCCAGUCCCGCUGACACAAGACAGCAUCUCCCUAACCGGAGCAAUACGCCGGAAUCCAUCGGAGGCACACCCCCCUCUCGUGAGGCCAGCGAUCUCUGCGGGUAUGUGGUGAUGGAGAGGCCGUCCGGUAACCACUUUAACCACAGCUGCAGGUGGGCAUCUCGUGACGAGGUACUGGAGACGGCGUACAGGAAGAGAACGUAUUCGCUUACCACGCCGUCUCAGCAGAGGGCGCCAUCACAGGUGUCCUCCGCCUCGCUGGAUGAGUAUACUCUGAUGAGGGCAACGUACAACAGUGGCCCCUCUGGGCUGAGCUCAUGCGCGGCUUCACCGAAAAUCACGUAUCCUGAAGAUUACGGAGACAUAAACAUUGGAUCUCUGAAAAGCUCAAAUGGCAACCUGGAUGACAAUGGGUACAUGCCCAUGACCCCUGGCGUGGCUCCACAGGGCAGCGGCAAAAGCAACUAUAUGCCAAUGAGCCCCAUGAUAGUCUCUGCACCUAAACAGAUCAUCAAACCCAGGUCACCGGUUCAGACUACGGGACACGGCUCCCAAACGGCAUCGCCCAGCAGCUGCUCUCUGGAUGACAGCGGCUACAUGAGGAUGUGGUGCGGCUCCCGGCUGUCAGUGGAGAGCUCAGAUGGGAAGCUUACCGAUGGUGAGUAUGUGAACAUGUCGCCGGUGGAGCCGUGUGUGUCACUGACGCCACCGGAUUACUCCAGCAGGUCUCUGAGUGGCGAGCCCCCUCCCGGUUCGUACACCUUCAACUCCCUACCCCGCUCUUACAAAACGCACCUCACCAGAAAUGGUGACAGCGACCAGUACGUGAUGAUGAACUUGCAGAGUCAGAAGAUCACGGAGGAACCUAACUGCUGUGCGGUGUCUGGCAGCUCAGCUGUGACGGCAGCCCGCUCUGCGCCCUUACCUGUCAGGGAGAAUGGAGGUGAGGGUUCAGGGCACAAGGGGAGGGCCAGCAGGCCCAACAGAUUAGCGCUGGACACUCUAAAGAUGCUGCCGAGUAUGAACGAGCACCCUUUACCCACUGAACCAAAAAGUCCCGGGGAGUACAUUAAUAUAGACUUUGGUGGACCUGCCAAGUCGUCUCCGCCAUCCCGGUCCUCGGACAGUCUGGCAUCGUCUAUGGGCUCAACCAACAGCCACAGAAGAUCCCCCCUGUCUGACUAUAUGAACAUUAAUGUUAAUGCACAAUCGCCCAAAUCAGCAGGUGCCCCUGCAGACCCUCUGAAUGCCAUGUACAAACUGUCCCUGUGCCAGCCUGAGAAGGAGGAGUACCUGAAGGUGCAAGUGGGCUUGGACAGCCCCCCUGGCACCGAGAACGAUGAAUACACAGAGAUGACCUUUGGCAUGGGCAGCAGCCCUCUGCAGCCUGUCUCGCAGACCUUUGAGGGCAUUGAAGCCCCCAGUCCCAGCAAUGCGGUUCAGCUAUUAGCCCUCAGAGACCAGGGGCACACGGCGGUGGAUGGGUUCCUGGUUCCUGGCGCCCCAGCGGACCCGGACCGAGGGGCGAAGGUGAUCCGGGCUGACCCCCAGGGACGAAGACGUCACAGCUCCGAAACCUUCUCCUCCACCACCACGGUCACACCAGUCUUUCCCUCCUUCGCCCAUGAUGCCAAGAGGCACAAUUCCGCCUCUGUGGAGAACGUCUCUGUAUGGAACAGCGAGGGCUCCGAUGAGGAGUACGGGAGUCCCAUGUGCCGGGAGACCUCCGCAGGGUUCCAGAAUGGACUCAACUAUAUUGCCUUAAACCUGAUGGAUGAGAAUAUGGGGACCUGUAAAAAUCUUGUGAAGUUCAAAGCUGCCAGUUUUUGCAAAGGGGACAUCGGUGGAAUACAUGUCACCCCUUUUGUGAGCCUGGGGUUUAAGGAGACAGCCACCGCAGUUAAAGACUAAAUGGUGGGCAGGCUCCUCCCCCUCCCUCUCCAUAUCGAGGACUGAAUAUCGAGCAGAUGGCCGGAGAAGGAGCGGGAGCGGAAGGCUGGAUCAUGUGCUGCUGUCUACGACCCCUUAACCCUGGAGUCCUGCCACGCCAUGUGAUGUGACACACGGCUCCUCCUUCCCCUCUUGACUCUUGAUCAGGAACCAUCACGUUGCUGCUCUCUAGAUAAAAACUGUACAGAAGAUAAAUAUGUAAAUCGAGAUAUUACACUUCCACGUUAUUGUUUUGCCACUGGUUUUUAUUUGAGCUCCACAUUUGUGACCCAUGAACCUCAUUCAUAGACCUGUGAACCAAAUCCGUGGGUUAUUUCAGGAAGUGAACGUAUCUGGUUAUGUGGAUAACUGAAGUAGGCAUGCCAAAAAAGUCAGGAUUAUCCAGAGGCAAAAAACAAAAAAAAAAAAAAAAA